GCGCAGUCGGCGCAACUUGUCUCCUCAGCCAAGAUGCGUGCGGGGAGAAAGGCAGCGCGCUUUCUUGAAGCUCCGCCAUGUUGGUGAGGGCGAACGCGGCGCUGCGGAGGGCUCUCUCCCUCCGCUUGGGCCUCAGGGGCGGAGACAGGAAGCUAAGCGGGGAAAGAGGAGACAGCCAAGCGGUUACGACCUGCUUCCCGCUAGAGCACCGAGCCCUGCUCCGUCUCCGAGGCCCGGAGGCGGCGACCUUCCUUCAAGGGCUGCUGACGAACGACGUGACGCUCCUGACGCAGCAGGGGGGCGGGGAUUCUCAGGCUUCGCCCCGAGCGCUCUACGCGCAUGCGCUCAACGUCCAGGGCCGCUGCCUCUAUGAUGUCAUCCUGUACAGGAUUCACAGAAACUCACAAGAAGAGCCUCACCUGCUGCUGGAAUGCGAUGCUGCUGCCCUGGACCCCCUUCAAAAGCAUUUAAAAUUGUACAAGAUCCGAAGGAAAGUUGAUAUCACUUCCUGCCUAGACCUCUGUUUGUGGGCUGUCCUUCCAGAGGGACCCUCAGAGGAAGCGUCCCAGAAACUCCAGCAAUACGAUAGUAAAGCCGUGGUUGCUACUCUUGACCCCCGAGUGGAUAUUAUGGGUUGGAGGUUGGUUGCCAGCCGAGGCGCCGACCCACUAGAGAUCAUUCCUGGAAGCCAGAUAGGAAACGUGAAGGAUUAUCAUAUGUACAGGUACAGACAAGGCAUUCCUGAAGGAGUGAGAGACCUGCCUUCUGGUGUCGCCUUGCCUUUGGAGUCCAAUGUGGCUUACUUGAACGGCAUCAGUUUCACCAAGGGCUGCUACAUCGGCCAGGAGCUAACGGCCAGGACCCACCAUAUGGGCGUCAUCCGGAAACGCCUCUUGCCCAUUCGAUUCACAUCUCCUCUACCUCCAGAAAGCCUUCCCGAAGGUACUGAAAUAGUGUCCGAAUCAGGAAAGCCAGCCGGAAAAUACCGCGCUGGCGGAGACGAGUUCGGGAUAGCGCUGCUGCGGUUGGCCCACAUCCACGAACCCUUGCAUCUCAAGUUGCCCGGUGAUUCCCGCGUUAGCCUCGUUGCCUCCGUCCCCAAAUGGUGGCCCAAAUCAGUCAAUAAAUAGAGAAGACUUUGCCUCGGACACACUUUGCCGCCUUCCUCGUUGUUGGGGAUUCCUGAUGGGCUUGAAGUUCAGUCGGCCUUACCAUUGCCUCUAGGCGCAUCUACACCAGGCAUGGGCAAACUUUGGCCCUCCAGGUGUUUUGGACUGCAACUCCCACAAUUCCUAACAGAAAAAUCCCAGUUGAUGUAGUUCUUUCUAGAAAGAUUCUGUAUGGCAAUUAAAUAAAAACAACUCUGCACAUUCAAGUAGAUAUUAUUGGAGCCUUGAAUUAUAGGCUAGCCACAAAGGGUGCAGCUACACUGUAGAAUUACUGCAGUUUGACACCACUUUGCAAUGGAUCAAUGCAGUGCAAUCCUGGGAGCUGUAGUUUGGUGAGGCCCCAUCACUCUUUGAUAGAGAAGGCUAAAGAUCUUCUUAAAAAUACAACUGUUAUGAUUUCAUAGCACUAAGCCAUGGCAGUUUAAAGUGGUAUCAAUGUGCAUUAAUUCUACAGUGUAGGUGAGCCCUUAGACUCCUGGGUAUUGCAGUGCCUUCAAUACAUAAAGCAUGCUAUUUUUUGACUGAUUAAAUUUUGGUUUUAGUCUCUGGUAAAGCUUUUGAAGAAAAGGGUCAUCACUACAGGGAAGGAGUAAUAUGCAUUGCUAUCCAUUGGGAGUCGAUGCGGGAGAGAGAUAUUGGCAACCUUUGAUCGACACUCUUUCUGUGAUGAAAUAUAAUUUAUUGUGAACUUAAAAGUAUUACUUCAUCUUUACUUGAGCAACACAAAAUAAUUGCAUUAAAGAGAAUAACUGCUCUAACUUUAAA